AACUUUCAGGCUUCUACUUUUUCUGUAUUUAUACUUUCCGUAUCUAACUAGUUCGACCUUUAACCAUCUCAGCCUAAGCGUGGCCUUCAAACCCUCUCUUUUUUCCUCUUCUCUAUUUGUCUCUCCAUUUCCUUUUUCUUAUCACAGAUAUUUUCCCUCCUCUUAAGGAGCUAUCAAAGUUUAGUGAGAUUAUAGAAUAAAGCAAGGAUAUUUAUUUGAAAUUACACAUAUUCUAAAACUAGUAUCCAACCCAAUGACAAUGGAUAAUUGGGACCCGGAUGUUAAGAGAUGGAAUCUUCAUCUGUUAGAUGUUUGCACUCUUUCAAAUGACACCUCUCAUAGUACUGUUACUAGAUAUGACCCUGAUUUUAGUAAAGUGGAAUAUGUUCAAGAAUGCUAUGUUGAGCCCAAUAAUGUUGAAAAUGAUGAAGUUAUAGCUCAUGCUUAUCAAGAGGAGUUAUCAAGACUUGCUUCAGCAGAAAACUCAGGACGUCCUGUUUUUGAAGAAGAUCACUUGCAACAAUCAAUUCUUGCGCAAGAUUGGCUUGGACCUUCAAAGAGGCAUGAUAGCUCUGAUUAUGGGAAAAUGGAAGGACAUGAGAACGUUUGGAAUAUGGAAAAUGGUCAUGGUAGUAAUGGGAACACAGAAGGUCAUCACAACAAUGGAACUUUAGUAGAUGGUUAUACAGAAGAUAAAGCAGGGGUGGAAAUUGAUUCUGGCAUAAGGAUAAAUGGAGAUGUGGAAGAUGGGAUGGGAUCUAUCUUUACAUAUUCUGUCCCAGCCGAAAGCAAAGGAGAAAACUUAAGCAAUGGGGAAGACUGGUCAUAUGCAUUGGACAUAACAGACGAGUCUUCGCUUGAUAGUGAAGUUGGCAGAAGACUGAAUCAGAUGGUUCCCGUUCCUCAUGUUCCUAGGACAAUUGAAAAAAUUCCUUCAAUUGAUGAGGAGAUAUCAGAUCACGAGAGGCUUCUAGAAAGAUUGCAGAUAUAUGAUUUGGUUGAACGUAAGGUCCAGGGAGAUGGUAAUUGUCAGUUUCGUGCUUUAUCAGAUCAGCUUUAUCGCUCUUCUGACCACCAUGGUUUUGUUCGAGAGCAAAUCAUUCAACAGCUGAAGGGUCAACCCCAGACGUACGAGGGCUAUGUUCCUAUGGGUUAUGUUGACUAUCUAAAGAAAAUGAGCAAGAAUGGUGAAUGGGGUGAUCACGUUACCUUGCAGGCUGCUGCAGAUUGGUAUGGUGUCAAGAUAUUUGUGCUAACCUCUUUUAAAGAUACAUGUUACAUUGAGAUUCUUCCACAAUCACAGAAGUCCAACAGAGUUAUUUUCUUGAGCUUUUGGGCAGAGGUUCAUUACAAUUCAAUCUAUCCUGAAGGAGAGGUUCCUGAACCUUGCACAAGGAAAAAGAAGAAAUGGUGGAAUAUUAUAACUUCAUAAGCUAUGAUGGAUGUCAUGAAGGAAAUGAGAAUCUUGUGAUUGCUACUGCUACUGCUGAGUCAAAUCAACCAUUAGUCUUUUCGUCAGUAACUGGUCUUGCAGAUAGAAAAGCAAUGAUGAAAGACAAGAUUUUGCAUUUGUUGUAAAUAUUUUAUUCUUUUAGAGUAAUCUUUAUAUGCUUGUGUAUAUAUACGUAUCAUCAUUCUUUUUUUUAAUAUAUAUGCUUGUAGUUGUUGAACUCAA